ACGCGGGCCGCUGGCCGCGAUGGGGGAGGGCGGAUUGCCCCCGGCCUUCCAGCUGCUGUUGCGCGCCUGCGAUCAGGGCGACACGGAGACGGCGCGGCGGCUGCUGGAGCCGGGGACUGCAGAACCGGCGGAGCGCGGCGCGGAGCCCGAGGCGGGCGCGGAGCCGGCGGGGCCCGAGGCGUCCGGGCCCGGGGCGGGGUCGGCGGCCGGAGCGCCGGUGCCCGUAGAUUGCUCUGACGAGGCGGGCAACACGGCGCUGCAGUUCGCCGCGGCCGGGGGCCAUGAGCAGCUGGUGCGGUUCCUGCUGCGACGCGGCGCCUCGGUCAACAGCCGCAACCACUACGGCUGGAGCGCGCUCAUGCAGGCGGCCAGAUUUGGACAUGUGAGCGUGGCACACCUCCUUUUGGAUCACGGGGCUGAUGUCAAUGCCCAGAACCGGCUGGGGGCCAGUGUGCUCACCGUGGCCUCUCGGGGUGGCCACCUGGGCGUGGUGAAGCUGCUCCUGGAAGCCGGUGCCUUUGUGGACCAUCACAAACCCUCAGGCGAGCAGGCGGGGGACGGCAGGGACGAGCUCCUGGACGUCACGGCCCUGAUGGCCGCAAUCCAGCACGGACAUGAGGCUGUGGUACGUCUGCUGAUGGAGUGGGGUGCAGACCCCAACCACGCGGCCCGCACUGUGGGCUGGAGCCCGCUGAUGCUGUCAGCACUCCUCGGGAGGCUUGGCACGGCCCAGCAGCUGGUGGAGAAGGGGGCCAACCCGGACCACCUCAGCGUGCUGGAGAAGACCGCCUUCGAGGUCGCACUUGACCGCAAGUACAGGGACCUUGCAGACUACCUGGACCCGCUGACCACUGUCAGACCCAAGACAGAUGAGGAGAAAAGGCGACCUGAUAUUUUCCAUGCAUUGAAAAUGGGAAACUUCCAGCUGGUCAAAGAGAUUGCCGAUGAAGACCCCAACCACGUGAACCUGGUUAAUGGGGAUGGGGCGACCCCACUGAUGCUGGCAGCUGUCAUGGGGCAGCUGCCUCUGGUGCAGCUACUGGUUGAGAGGCAUGCUGACGUGGACAAGCAGGACGGCGUGCAUGGCUGGACGGCCCUCAUGCAGGCCACCUACCACGGGAACAAGGAGAUUGUCAAAUAUCUGCUAAACCAAGGAGCCGAUGUCACUCUUCGUGCAAAAAACGGGUACACGGCCUUUGACCUAGUGAUGCUGCUGAGUGAUCCUGACACGGAACUUGUUCGACUGCUGGCAUCUGUCUGCAUGCAGGUGAAUAAAGACAAAGGCCGGCCCAGCCACUCACCACCCCCGCCCCACUCGAAGGUCCGACAGCCCUGGAGUGUCCCAGUGCUGCCUGAUGACAAAGGCGGACUUAAGUCCUGGUGGAACCGAAUGUCCAAUCGGUUCCGGAAGCUCAAACUGAUGCAGACACUGCCCCGUGGGCUGUCCAGCAACCAGCCAUUGCCUUUCUGUGAUGAGCCAGAGCCAGCACUGGACUCCACAAUGAGGGCGCCCCCCCCAGACAAGACGAGCCGCUCUGGGCUCCCCGACGUGACCCCCACGACCAAAGACAAUGGUCCUGGGAGCACAAGAGGAGAAAAGGAAGAUGUGUUAUUGACAACCAUGCUUCGGAAUGGAGCCCCCUUCACCAGACUCCCAAGCGACAAGCUGAAGGCAGUCAUCCCCCCUUUCUUACCCCCUUCCAGCUUUGAGCUGUGGAGCUCGGAUCGGUCCCGGACAUGUCACAACGGGAAGGCAGACCCCAUGAAGACUGUGCGGCCCCAGAGAGCCAGCAGGGGGCAACCUGUGGGCGGCGGGAGCACAGACACCACUCCCGUCAGGCCAGUUAAAUUUCCAUCUCUCUCCAGAAGCCCAGCCUCUCCUGCCAAUUCUGGAAACUUCAACCACUCACCUCAUUCUUCUGGUGGCUCCAGUGGGGUAGGAGGCAUGAGCAGGCACGGUGGGGAGCUACACAACCGCUCAGGUGGAAGCAUAGACAGUGUUCUGUCCCAGAUCGCUGCCCAGAGGAAAAAAGCAGCCGGAUUAUCUGAGCAGAAGCCCAGCCAUCGGUCAAGUCCUGUUGGUCCAGCGCCUGGCUCCAGCCCGUCUGAGCUCCUGGUCUCCUCUGCAGGCGGCAGUGUUCCUGGUGGCAAGCAGAAACUGGAGACGAGCAAAAGGCCUCCGUCUGGAACUUCCACUACCUCCAAAAGCACCUCCCCCACGCUCACGCCUUCACCUUCUCCCAAAGCGCAGGCAGCCGAGUCCUCCGUGUCCUCCUCCUCAUCCCACCGGCAGUCCAAGAGCAGCGGGGGCUCCAGCAGUGGCACCAUCACUGAUGAGGAUGAACUGACUGGAAUCCUUAAGAAAUUAUCACUUGAGAAAUAUCAGCCCAUUUUUGAGGAGCAAGAGGUGGAUAUGGAAGCGUUCCUCACGCUCACCGAUGGCGACCUGAAGGAGCUGGGGAUUAAGACAGACGGGUCCAGGCAGCAGAUUUUGGCAGCGAUUUCUGAACUGAACGCAGGCAAGGGACGCGAGAGACAAAUUUUACAGGAAACCAUUCACAACUUCCACUCUUCCUUCGAGAGCAGCGCCAGCAACACCAGGGCCCCUGGAAACAAUCCCUGUACGUGACCUUCCUUCCUGUGGUGACCAGCGUGAGCUUGCUGAAUCUCAGUACCCCCUUCACGUGGCCGGUGCUCCAGCCACCAUCAGACCUUCCCCAUUCCCUGAAACACACUAUGUUUUUGUCACACCGCUGUGCCUUAGUCCUUCUGCCUGGAACACCUGUCUUCCCUUCCCUUCUGUAGUAGUUGGUGAUGCUUGUUGCUGUAACAAACUCCAACACUGUAGAGACUUACUCUCCCAUACAAUCCAGUAUGGCUGCAUCCGCUCGGCAGAAGCACACGGUGAUUCAGGGACCCAGCUCCUUUCAUCUGUGGCUCUGCCAUUCCUGGGGCCUCAGAGGCUUUGUUUCUGGCUGGCAGAGGGGAAGGGGAUGGUGAAGAAGGCACAGCCAUUUCUUUACUGCUUUGCUCUUAACUGCUCACGUUCCAUCGGCCGCUCAUAGUCACGUGGCCCCACGUGUAGUCGUUGUUCAGGUAGUGGCUUCACAGCAACAGCUCUGUACUUAGAUGGGGGAGCACAUAUUUUGGCAGAAGGUUAGCCACUCUUCCACAUCUUCCCUUAGAACUUCUAACUUCUCCCUAAUGGUCCAAGUCACCUAUCACAUGAAGCCUUUCUCAACUCCCUUACACAGAACUAACUCCUCCAGCCUCUGGGGCCCUUACUGCUCCGUGUGAUAACUCUGCUCUAGCACUUCACUGCACCUGCUGCAGAUAGCGUACAACAGCUGUUCAGGAUGUAUAUGUUGAAUGCGUACUUCUUUCUUGCAAAGGCAGCCUUUUAUGUAGGAAAAAUGGCGAGGCCCAAGGUGUGAUCUUGAGGGAUCCCUUUUCCUUCCUGGCCUUCAGUUUCCUUGUCUGUCGUCAGGCAAGACAAUGCUCUGAUAUUCCACGCUGCUCACCCCAUAUCACAGUAGGGCUUUUCCACUUUGAGUGGGAGCAGAAGACCCUAAUACAUUACAUUGUAGAAGGACUUGGAUACUCACAUUUUCUAGGCAAAGAAGUGAAGAAUUUAGAAUUUCUUCUAAGGCUACAUUCCUCAGAAGGGAAUCAGCCUGUGUAGUUUUCUACCGUGUCAUAUUCUAUGAAAAGGACUCUGACUUUUGAGUCCAGUAGGUUUCUGAAAUGUUUUCAAGUGCGUAAUUCAUUCGACCAGCACCGCUGGGUGCUGGGGGUGCAGAGAUGAGUCAGAGCCAGUCCCCACCCUUGAGGACCUGGACAGCAAGAGAAGAAAGGAAUGGUGGUCCCAGCCUCGAGGGGCAGCACGGAAGAGUGGAGAAAGCGUGUGCUCUGGACUCAGGCUCAGGGUUCUGGUUCAGCCCUGCAGCUAGCCAGCUGUGUGGCCAGGGACGGGUAAGUUGGCGCUUAGAGCCAGCGUGCGUCAAGCACUUGGUCCGUGGGACAUGCGCAAUGGAUAGCAGCCUUUGCAGAGUUCUCAUCUUUACCGUGAGCUCUGCCUGGCCGCAUGCUGGUCUCCUUGGGAGAUGUGGCCUCUCACCUCUCCCUCCCCCGGCCAUGAGUGCCCAUUCACCCUCUGCUGGCUUCUAGAGGGAGUCCUGAACAUGUUGCCUGGAGCCUCAUCGUGUUCUCCUUCUGUCCGUUGAUCCAGCGGAUGCUGUUCCUCCUUCAUCCUCCCAUCUUCCUGCCCAUAAAAGCCAGCUUCCCACAUGACUGGAGAGAAGAGGUUUUGUUUUAGCCAUCACUGACAGACACCUUUAUAAAUGUUCCUCGCAUCCCAACCUUUUUUAAGGAGACACAGUCAUUGAGCACCUUCUGUGUGCAGCAGCUGGAACCCAGUGUCAUCUGUCCUCACCAGAAGCCGGGAGGCUGGCAUGGUUUAACCUCAUCCUGCACGCUGGGGAAACAGACACAGAGGACUGGAGCUGCAUGCCAGUUCCCCAGCCCGGAAGGAGUAGAGCUGGCUGAGAACCGGAUCUAGUGGGCUCUGAGCCCAUGCUUUUGCCACCAAUUCCUAUAGACUCCCGGGGCUAGAGGCACCAGGCAUUCUCGCUGUUUUAAUGUACUCAUAUCUUCAGAGACUGUGGAAGAGCACUGAAUCUAUAGUCGGUCCUAGCACUGGGUUUUGGCUCAGCCACUUCUUAAUGGGUAACAUAUUUCUAACAUUCCUUGGACCUCAGUUUCCCUUUCAGUUACAAGGGGGUAGCACUCCCCAAGGCGCUGAGGAGCAGAUGAAGGUGAAAGCCCUUUUCACACCAUGUGGAGCUCUGCAGAUGGGAGAAAUCUCCACGGUGCUUGCCUGUUUGAAAUACUCUGUUUCUCCCCUGCCCCACCCCGCCUCCCACUUGCCCUGAUGUAGCCAGGGCUGGGUGGGCAAGGCCAGAAGCAGCAGCCUCCAGCCAGAGGUGGCAGCAGCUUAGGUGGCUCUGCUGGUAUUGGAGCCCCGAGGAAGUGAGGGUUGUUGUUGAAUCCCCACCCUCCAGUUGUGGCUGACUCUGGUGUUUGUGUCACUGGGAUUCCCAGCAAGGUGGACAGAAAGAAGGGAGGCCUUCCAGCCUGAUCACAGGGGCUGAUCCAGGGGGCAGAGAGGAAGCAGGAAACCCCUCCAGUUUGCUCUUGCCUCAGAGCUGCCUAAGGACAGUGCCGUGCAGGCCAGUCCCGGGCUAGACAGCUGUGAACAUCUAUGCCGACCUUCCAAGAAAGCACCUUUUGAGGGCUUGGGACCCUUCCUGGGAAGAUUCUGCAGCCCAGACUGAAGGUGUGAAGCACCAUCUGUGCUUUGUUCAGGCAAGGUGAUCAUGUCUCAUUAACCAACAGAUCCUGUUCAGCAUGUAAGGAGACCUGAUGCUUUCCCUGACAAAGUCGAUACCAAAUUCUGAAGGACUGGCCAGGGACUGAAUCUCCUUCCUGGGGGAGGUGGGUGGUGAGUCCCCUCUUCAACUUCUUUCCUAAGGUGGGGACCACCCAGGGCCCCUCCUCAGGGCCCUCCCUACCCAGUGGGUUGAGCCAGCCCCCAUUAGUCUUAGUUCCUGUUGGAGCUGCCUCCCUAGGGCUCAUAGACACAGGGCAUGGCCAUCCUCUUCCGGGAGACCUUGUUCCCACUGUCCAGGUGGCUGGGGUAGGGUUUGGCCUCAGCAGUGCCACUGGAUCCUUUGAUAAGAGACCAAGGUGCUGUUUUGUUUCAGCUCUACUGUGUUUCCAUGUUCCUUACCAUCCAACACUUCUUUUUGUUACUAUUUUAUUGUUUUUCCAUACAGGGAUUUGAUUCUUUGAAGGACUUCUGUUUGCCAAAUGUAUAUUAAAUAAUGGUGAGUUUGUGUUCUCA